UUAGCCAGGAGGGCUGACGCGCGACUCGUGUACCUAGAGAGGCUACAUGAUAGAAUGUGGGUAAUGAAUUGUCUUUUUUUUUUACCAAACUUCCAUCUACGAAAGCAACGGUUUUCCGUGUAGCUGCAGCUCCUCAUCAGUCAAUUCGUCAACGUACAGUGGCAAAAUGCAAGGCAGGUGGGAGCCCAUGAUGCUAAAAUGUGAUGUUUGACCUCCAAAUUCUCUUGGGAUGAAUAAGGAAACAACCCCAUGGAACCCUCCAGUAGCUGACAGUAUGUCGUCAGCAGUGGAGGCCAGUAUGUACAACAGUAUUCAGGCCAUCCUCAGACAGGCUGCCUCCUCAUGCAACAAAGGCAUGCUGAGGUGGACUCUUCAUAAGAAGGUGGAGACCCAUCCAUCUAACAGUGUCUCACUGGUCAGGGUUCUGGUCAAAGAGCUGGAGAAGGUGGAGAGGCUUGACUAUAAGAUGCAUGUCAUUCCAUUGCUUCACACUCUCAACUAUGUUAUUAUUCAGCAGUCCAGCCACAUUCCAUGUAACCUGUUUCAGAGAGUGUAUGAGUGCUUCAAACGGCUCCUAACACUUCCAGAGCCCUACUGUACUAUCGCACUGAGAUACAUGAGAAGCAUAAAGAUGGAGCAGAUCACACCAGCUCCCUCCCCGACAAUAACUUCCUCCACAGGAGCUUUGUAUCAGAGAAGGGUGAUUGCUGAGCAGAGCCUAAAGAACAAACAUUUCCCCCAGCAGGAAAGGGUAUUUGUGUUUGCAGACCCGGCUGUGUUCUCAGGGCCCCUGUGGCAGGCGGUGAGGGCAGACCUGGUGCUGGCCAGCCCCCAAAGUGACAUACUGGCAAGACGGGUGUUACUGCACACUCUGCAGGCUGGACUGGUGAAGGCCUGUCAUGGUCCCAUACUGACUCAAGCUCUGGAGGAUCUAGGAGAAGAUGUGGAGCAGUACUUCCAGGAGGUGGUGUUAGCUGUAGAGCAGAGUAUAGAGAACGGCAAGGCAGGUCGUGACCAGUACCUAACCAGGCUACAGCACAUCUACAGUGACAUCCUGACCUCUGCUAACCAAGACCCAAUUGCCGGUGGCUCUCUUUCUAACACUCCAUUGCCCUCGCCAGAGAUUCAGUUCCACCUGUGGACAAACGAAGAGGAGCUGUGGAAUGAGCUGGUAAACUUCACCCUAAACGUUUCCACCUCUGAGCGGAACUCUAUGUACCAGGAGGAGGAAGAGGAGGAUGUUUCUAAGAGGGUUUCCCACCUGUCUGUUGAUAGUGGAAUAGAGAAGGACCUGUCUGACAUGGGGGAGCGGGAACAGAGGAAUCCAUUCACUCGGUCACGGUCACCGUGUUUCAGAGGGAGAAUGAAGCCAGAAGACAAAAUGGCUCUGGUACAGGAAAACAUCAAGGGGCCCACCAGUAGCACCCCUCUCCCUAAAGAGGAGGGGAACCAUACUGCACGCAUAGUGAUGAUGGGAGACAACAGGGUGCUGGGGAGACUGGCCAAGGUGUAUCACUCCAUCCGAAAACGGGAGGCAAAACAUCUCAUCUUGACCAAAAGAGUGAACCUACAGAUAUACUACAUCCCUGUCACUGAUGAGCCUAUUGUCAAUUCACCUGAAAGCACAUCACAAGUUGGAGACAGGUUGUCUCUAGCCUCGUUCUUAGGAAGGGUCGAUCCCUGGUACGAAAGCAACAUCAUCAGUUUGGGAGCCAUGAUUCCAAAGCUGGCAGGAACGCAGUCCAGUCACAGCAGGUCAUCAGAACCCAACCACUUCCUUGUGGACGUCCUCUCCUACUACCUUCGCUGUGGCCUACAGCCUGUCCACUUCACACUCUACUCCGUCAAGAUCUCUGUCUCUGGCCAGACUGGCAGCCCUGUGGACGAUGUGUUUGUGUCCCACCUCGAUGCUGAGUUCCCGGAGUCUAAAACACUCAGAGAAAAUCUGAGACAAGAGAGAUCUAGUAGGCGACGAACAAGGAAGACACUUGGAACCUGUGGAGUGGUGGUUUCUGUGAAUUACAGUAAGGUCUCCUUGAGCAAACAAGAGGUUGUUCAGGGAAUGUCAGUCAUGACAUGUGGAGUGGGCAUCAGUGCAAUAUCACCCAAUGAAACAGAAGGUCUUGAUUUCCUCACUGUCAAUUUUGACAGUACAAAUCCAAGAUGCUGCACGGAGAUCAGAACCCAAAACAUUAAAAUCAGAAUCCUGGAGGAUAAGACCUUCACUGUCUGUCUGGACAAAGACUGUCGCAGGAAAUACACACAUGUGCAAAGCAUUGAGAUCUCUCCAUGUUUGGAUCCAGGGUAUUGCCUCCAGACAAGUUCCAAGUCCAAGUUCAGUGUGGGAGAGGAGAGGGAGUCGGGGCUGAGCAAAUACAUGUGCAAGAUCCUGCCUCUGCCAAUCAAUACCUUCACUGGCAUCAACCACUGAAGGGAUUUGAUUAUUUGGCCCGGGCUCCAUCCCAGGCGUGAGCCAGGUGCCCCACUCUGGCCAACGGCGAAGCCCAGCUUUUGGAACUUUGGCUUUCCUGGAUAUAGCCACUAUAUUGUGAUCACUACAUCCAAUGGGUACGGAUACAGCUUUAGAACAAAGUUCUACAGUAUUAGUAAAAAUGUGAUCAAUACAUGUGGAUGAUCUUGUGUCUGUAAACACCCUGGUUAUUUGUUUCUGAGUGAUGCAACAUGUGCCUAGUAGACAACAUGACGGAGCAUGACGGACUCCCUUCCGGCACCGACAGAGAUGGCCGCCUCGCUUCGCGUUCCUAGGAAACUAUGCACCCGAUGUCACAGGAAGGCCAUAAAGAUCAUCAAGGACAACAACCACCCGAGCCUGUUCACCCCGCUAUCAUCCAGAAGGCGAGGUCAGUACAGGUGCAUCAAAGCAGGGACUGAGAGACUGAAAAACUGCUUCUAUCUCAAGGCCAUCAGACUGUUAAACAGCCACCACUAACAUUGAGUGGCUGCUGCCAUACAUGUAAAAAAUGUAUCACUAGCCACUUUAAACAAUGCCACUUAAUAUAAUGUUUAAUAUAAUGACUCAUCUCACAUGUAUAUACUGUACUCAAUGCCAUCUACUGCAUCUUGCCUAUGUCGUUCUGUACCAUCACUCAUUCAUAUAUCUUUAUGUACAUAUUCUUCAUCCCUUUACACUUGCGUGUACAAGGUAGCUUUUGUGAAAUUGUUAGGUUAGAUUACUCGUUGGUUAUUACUGCAUUGUCGGAACUAGAAGCACAAGCAUUUCACUACACUCGCAUUAACAUCUACUAACCAUGUGUAUGUGACAAAUACAAUUUGAUUUGAUUUACUGUUCAAUUUGAGAAUUGCUCUCAUUCACCACAUUUGCCCAUUCACGUCAUGGGCCAUAGACAGGUGCACUGUGGUUCAGCUUAAUUGAUGACAAUGCCUAGUAGUGUGGGUGGGGUUCAACAGGCACAGUACAUUUUUUAGAGCUGUCACUCCUGUCUACAAAAGUGCAGAGAUAUUCAUGAAACACAACAAACUUUUGUCAUUUUCUGUAACACAUCAUUUCACUGUAUAAAGACAUAUUUAUCAGUUGUAUAUUUCCAUGCAAAUUCCUGAUGGACAGUCCAGUGAAUUGAUGAUGUUUGAAAUGUAUUUAAUUUGGAUCGCUUUCUACAGUGCUUGUUUGCAAUAAAUGUUCUGUUUACACUAUGCUAUUAAAGGAAGGCACUGUGUUUGUAAACACAGAGGAAAUGACUUCUUAUAUCUUACCCGAUUUAAAUGUUUUGAAUGAAUAUCAUAGUUUUACUGUGUGGAUAUUUUGUAUGAAUAAACUGAGUUCAUUUAA